UUUAGGGCUUGCGGCGGGUUACGGCCCGCAACACCCGAGCAAGAGAAGCGGACACCCAUCUAGUUCUCUUUAGUCUCUACAUUCAACUCGCGCACUCUCUCCUUCUCCGAGACUCCGAGCGCGCUGUGAUCCCGGAGAAGAAGAGGUGGCCGACAGCGGAGGCGACUCAUACGGUUUCCAGAUCGCACGCCCCAGAGGCUUUAAUUACACAUUUAUGCACACGGAGAAGCUAAAUGGUAAAGGUGGUUGCUUAAUGUGGUCAGUUGGAAAGGGGGACUAGCCAAGUUGCUAGAAGAAUGAGUGCAAGUUUUACCUCAAAGUGGUCAAUAGGUAUGGAGGUGCAUUGCUUCAGGGCUGGCACUUCAUGUGCCAUACUGCAUAAAGUGCCGGGACAGACAGGCCGGUCAUUGUUGGGGAGCCUCAGCAACAAUUUGCUGGGGGCAGUGAAAACAACUCAUGAAGUAAUUCCAAGAUUGCAUUACAAUAGUAUCUUCUCCCAGCAACAAAGAACAUUCAUACAGAUGAGGACAAACCUCAAAGUCGUGGACAACUCUGGUGCAAAACGGGUCAUGUGCAUACAAGCUUUGAAGGGGAGGAGAGGAGCAAGAUUGGGCGACACCAUAAUUGCAUCUGUGAAGGAAGCACAACCUCGUGGUAAGGUAAAAAAGGGAGAGGUAGUGUAUGGUGUGGUUGUGCGUGCUGCCAUGCAGCGGGGACGUUGCGAUGGCAGUGAGAUCAAGUUUGAUGACAAUGCAGUAGUCAUUGUUAACAAGCAAGGAGAGCCAAUUGGUACCCGUGUGUUUGGGCCGGUGCCCCAUGAGCUCAGGAAGAAGAAGCACCUGAAGAUUUUAACUUUGGCUGAACAUAUAGCUUAAAGUUUCUGGUUUCACAGGCUGAACUAGCUCUUCUAUUUAGAGUUAUGGAUGUUGGGUCAGCAUAUGUAUCAAACAUACUGUCUGUAAUAGGAGACAAUUUAUGCUGCGAUUGGUUGUUUUUCGUGCUGGAUUUAUCUUGCCGAUCAUUACCGUAGCUGAUGUGAGGGGUUUCAAGAAAGAGUCGUUAUCAAUGGCUGUGUUUUCAGUUUGAACAAGAGCUCUCAUCUGCCCUCAAGUGAAAUUUGAAUUUGUUAAUAAUGUUUUAUUAUUUUUUUAAUGUUUAAAGGAAUAUUAAGCUAUUGGACAAGA